AUGAUGACACCUGCAGUCCCCAGAAGCCGGGCUUCAACGCUCCAAGGUGCCGAAGGAGGAGGGACCGAGCUCCAGAGCCAGCUUGAGCUGAUGACACAGAACACAUUGGACUCGAGGGAAAGAGAUAUCGGGGAUGAGUGCCAGACGAAGUUGGAGACCGCGCAUCGUAUUCGUCAAGCACUUCUAGAAAACCCUGGCCAUGUGAGAGACGACUUUAGGCGUAUGAACGGCUUUCAGUCUGUUAUCGCAGUUGUUGGUGAUAUAUCAAUGAGCUACAAGUACCACCAGGGUAUAGAACCGGGACAGCUCUCGGCAACUCUCAACCUCUUGCAGACUAUCCUCAGUAUACUCGCAGCUGCAUUGCAAGACCACAAGGGCAAUCAGAAGUACUUUCGUCUUCGCAUUGACGGUGGUGGAUGGCCGACCUUAAAGAAGCUUCUCUACCCGUCGCUUCUGAAAGAGAGCAAGGAAGGCAUGACGAUCCUUGCAGAUCGAGUAUUCGGGUGUCUUCUGGGCUGCGCGCUGGACGACGAAUCAAUGACCAGCUUCUAUUGUAAUCUGAGCCGACAAACGAUGAGCAUUGGCAGCGCUAGUGACCGGACCCCAGAUGUAGAUCCUGCGAACAAGGGAGAUCGAGUAACGGAGCAAGAUGCUUUGGAUCGCGCAUUUCUGAAGCAACAGAUCAGUGAGCUGACCAUUGUACACAAUCCAGAUGCGAUCUUGAUCAUGUUUGAGCUCUGGAAAGAUCUUGAAGAUCAAACCCAUCAAGACAAAAGCGCCCUAGAGACUGGUGCUGUCUCCUUGGGAGUGCUCAGUAGCAUCAAUCACUUGGCCGCUUUGAAUACCGCGAAUCUGACUGCACUCCAUGGUACAGGUCUACUAAGCAUAGUCCUCUCGGCCCUACUUGGUCUAUCGUCAAUGGGCCAUUCCUCUGUUCCUCAACUUCGCCUACUAGCUACUGCUCUCCUCAGUCUGGGCAUUGGCAAUCUAAACGAUGCCCAUUUCCUAUACCGGCAUGCAUGCUCGUCACCGCUCAUUGCAGACCUCCUCCUAUUGUCCCUAAAAGCUUCUCGUUCGCCUUCCUAUGUACACUUUGAUUUGUCCCUGCAUGGUUAUGCUUCGAUAGAGUUGCCAGGCAUUGGACGGACGUUCCCUCCGGCCUCGACAAGCGCCGGCUAUAGUUUAUCGCUCUGGUUCCAAAUAAUCCAUUUCGAUCAUGCUUCGCACACAACGAUCUUUGGAGCAUUUGAUGCAAGUCAGACGUGCUUCGUACUUGUCUACUUAGAAAAAGACACGCACAACUUGAUCUUCCAAACAUCUGUCACAUCCCCCAGACCUAGUGUGCGCUUCAAAUCAAUUGUCUUCAAAGAGCGACGUUGGUAUCAUAUUGUCAUUGCACAUCGACGUGCCAAAGGCACAUCUUCUUCCAGGGCUUCCCUCUUCAUUAAUGGCGAGUUCGUUGAGCAAGUCAAGUCACAAUAUCCUGAAACACCCCCAUCCGUCAAUAGUGGCAACGAAGCUAUUAGGUCUCCCUCUUCAAAUCGAAAUAAUAACGCGAUCCAAGCAUUCCUCGGGACGCCGCAGGACCUCGCCUCUCGUCUGGGCAAAGGACUAAUUUCCACACAAUGGCGGCUGGCGUCUGCAAAUCUUUUUGCUGAUGUGCUCAGUGACGAUCUCAUCGCUGUGUAUUAUGAACUUGGACCACGAUACAAUGGUAACUACCAGGAUUGCCUUGGGUCUUUCCAGACUUAUCGGGCUUCCGCUGUAUUAAAUCUGCGGAACGAGAGCCUCCAUCCUGGCAGGGAAGAGAGAUCAGAUAUCAUCUCCGCAAUAAGGUCCAAGGCUGGUAUGCUUCUUCCAGAAUCGAAGAUCCUUCUCAACAUUUCGGCGUCAAUGGUGCUGGAUGACAAUGACCAGAACAACAUUGACGAAACUCGGCUCAUGAAGUAUGUUUCGAAGACAGCCGGGAAGAAUCUUCGUAAUGUUACACGAGGUGGGCGCAAUGCUCUGGCGAUCAAUGGAGCUAUCCCGUCCGUGAACGAGGCCUUGCUCCAUUCGUCUGGCUUCGCGGUACUCACCGGCGAUCCCACAAUAGUUGUGCCACAGUCCCUGGAUGACGCUGCAUGGCGAAUCGGAGGAUGUGCUGCUGUCGGUCUAGCUCUCCUUGAAUCGGCCAUUGCUUCUAAUGACGUGGUCAGAGCCUUGAACAUCCUUUUCGAAAACGUACAAGAGAAUUGGCGUAACAGCGAAGCUAUGGAACGAGAGAACGGUUUCGGGGUUCUGUCAGCUUUGCUCACGACCAAAUUAUGCCAAGGACAGUCCAAUGUCGCUACAGGGCUAGAAUCGCCCAGAGGUCUAUCGAAAAUUCAGCAGAGUGUUCCCAAUCUGUCCUUGACUGUCCUUGCAGAGAUACUGAAAUUCGUUGGCUAUCGGAUAGAUAAGCCCGAAGACUCGGUGAUUAACAAUCCAUUAGCGUAUCGUAUUCUGCUUGUCGACAUGGACUUCUGGCGCAGUGCAGAAUCUGCCGUGCAGAAACUUUACUAUGAGCAAUUCACAGUGUUUGGACUACACAGCAAGUUCCAUCUAUUCAACAACAAGCGCUUGCUGAGAAUGCGCAUCAUGAAGAAGUGGCUAGACGCUCUCAAAGGCGAAACGUUCACUAUAGAGACAUUCGGAUACUUCCUUGAAGCCUUCAAAUCUUUUCUCACCAGAAACCCCUCCGCGGACUCAAUGCGUUCUCUGGCAUUGUACAUCACUUAUGCUAUCCACAAGCCGAGGCAAACAGAAUCGUAUACAGCGCGAGGCAAGAAUAUCAAAUUGAACACGAAUGUCUCAUCUCGAAGACAAACAAUAUCGAACGCUUCCCCACGUUCAAUAAAGCAGCAGAAUGAAAUCGUUCAUCUUAGUCAAUUACAGAUUGCGUUGAAGAUGCUGGAGCUUUAUGCAGAUAUGUUGUGUCACAAAGAUGAAGCUGCCAAUAUCAAAAAAUUCGCCAGGACUGUGACGAACAAGGUGAACACUACUCCCGCAAUUGUUUCAACUUCUGCUUACGCUUGCCAGUGGCUUCUUCAUCUUCUCGCUGACGACGAAUCAACGGUAGUUGUGUUGUCAGCUAAAAUACUGGCUCGUCUUCUCGUGAUUAAUGGACCCAGCUAUGUGCAGAAGUUUGUCGACAAAACCGGAGGUAUCGUAAUUAUGCAACAUAGAUUCAGGCGCUGGUGGAGCGUUCCGGCCAUAUGGCCGAUCUGCUUUGCUGUCUUCUUCGGCCUAGAUCCUGCAAAUAUCGAAUUUUCCAAGACGUUUGACAUGUUCAGUCUACUAGAAACAUUUGCGCCUGACGGCCUAGCCCCUGUCGUCAAUCCAGCAAUGCUGCCGGUAAUUACUGCCAUGCUCGAGCAAGGUCUCAAGACUGUAACUAGGGAGCAAUUGGACCCCGACUCGCCAUUGACAGAGAAGAGCAAUGGGCAAAUGCCGACUUUUGCAAAAAGUCCAGCGACACCUACGCACGCAAGGCAGCGAUCUAUGACACUGAGCAUUGAGCCAUCAACCUCAACUACUGGUGAAUUUUCAGUCCACAAUCUGGCAGAGUCCGCGUCUACGUUACGAACCGUCAUUAGAUUCCUCGCCGACAUCCACACAAAAUCACAAGCUUUUCGAGACUUCACAGUUAGAUCCCCCUACGUACAAGAGCUGUUCUUCGUGCUCUUUCCAAUCGUAGUCAGCGCCAACACUGUCAGCCCAGAAAUGGAACUACAUUCCCGGGACUCUGCACUGACUUUCAACGGCAACGACGUGAUCAUGAGACCUUUGUCUGCAAACUCAAUGAAAGGAGUCCCAGUGGUAAGGACUGCUACAGUGGAACCUUCCCAGAGGCUCAAACCCUUAAGGAAUCAAGCACCCAAAAGAAUGUCAUCGUAUAUCCUUGUGACAUCAGACCUGUCAAAUCCGGGACCCUCAGCUUCCAAGCUACAACCAGUGAUUUCGCCUAGCAGAUUCAAGCCUGUGUCAAACCUCAGUAGCUCAAUCGUAGAAGAGCUCUUGGAGUUGACGAUCGCUGUCUUUUCCGAUCAGAUAUUCACAAGGAAGGACUUCCCAGGGCUGGGACUAUUCAUGAGAGUGCCGCCAGGAUUCCAGGAACACCAGGCCUACUUCGAAACAUUUAUCCUUCGUAACACCCUGUCACAUUUAGGGAAUACGAUCAAAUUGAGUCAGAAGCUCCUUUGGGAACCACGAGUUCUCACGAACAUAGCGCGUUUCGCUGCACAUCUGGGAGAAGCUAUCUACGAAGGCUGGUUCAUCAGCGGUGCGGAAGAUACCCUGGACUUCUUGGCCAACAUCUUAGAGUAUCUCCAGCUUCCAAACAUCUCCUCAAUCAAGGCCAUCAGACUGUGCAGUCAGAUCAUCACCAAUAUCAGAACCGUUCUGCUACGAGUAGUGCUUCUCCGGCUGUCCGAAUUAGAUGACGUGGCAUCGAGCAAUGUCACUGUUUCAUUCUUAAACAAGCUUGCCUAUUGGCAGACAGUUUUGAUACCAGCAGAAGAUCCGCAGGAUGGCUUCCUCAAGUUGCUAUGCUAUUUGGUCUACAAUAGAUUAAUUGGUACCAAUAACCAUGUGCGUAUGGCAGCUGCGAAUCUAUGGCGGAUGCUGCUCGUUCAGAAAAAUGGUCAGAUCUCUGCAAUCUUCCAACAGGCAAGCGCUGUGGGUAGCGACGCACUCACAAGAGGGUUCGAAAAGAUCAUGGAGCUUGACAAUGAAACAUUCCUUGGCUGGGUGGACGAUCAUCGCGAGGGUCUAGACAACGCCUUAUUUGCCGCGUUGUCAAAGUCGUGGGAAUCUUUCGUUGGCGAGGAGAAUCGCAGGACUGAGGACACAGCGAGGGCAAGAGUCAGCAAGAGGAGGGAGAAACUGAAGCUUUGGGCAUCAGAAAAUGCUUCAACCGAUGAGAUUCUCAGACAUCACGAGACGGGAACCGAUCACUGGCGAUCGAACAUCUACGCUGCGGAGCAUCUCAAGCGACAACGUGCUCUGCAAGACCAGCAAGACAGCCAAGUAUUCAAUGCAGCGAUAUGGGCAAAGAUGAACCUGGAGCUUCGCCGACCUUGCGGUGUCUUCGAUAGUAUGAUCAGUCCAAAAUGGCAGCUUGAUCAAACAGAAGGGCGGAACAGGAUGAGGAUGCGCUUCAUUACUGACAAAGACGCCCAUUUGCACGAUUAUCAACCGAAGCGGAGUCGGUCUCAGGGGUCUACAAAGCGCCGGCGCAGCAGUGUUGCCAGAACCCAGGCACUGGUCAGAGACAUUCCUCCGUUGCCAAAUCAAUCGCACACCCUAUCGAAUGCACUCGACGCACAGACUGGCCUAAUACACAACGCUGAGACUCCCGCCAAACCAUCAGACGACCAAGAGAAUGAAGUGGACGCCGAUGAUGGUUUUGAAAUGGUAGAUGAUCCGCGAGAUGGGUCGGAAGAUUAUGAGGAUAAGAACCGGAAGGUCAUGCGCAGUCUUCAGCGAGGCGAUCAAGUCGAACAGGUUCACAACGUAUCCAGGAUCGUUGGACUGGAGGCAGUGGAGGGCCUCCUCAUCCUUGGAAAAGGACACCUGUACCUGCUUGAUAAUCUUUUCCAACGUUCCGAUGGCGAGGUAGUGAAUGUCUGGCAGGCUCCCCGGGAAGAACGUGAUGCAUACGUGCAAAUGAUAUCAGGACGAGAGGCUGGUGAUGGCCCUACGCCAUCUAUGAAGACAGACUACGAAACGCGAAGCUGGCGCUGGGAGGAUGUUCUCAGCAUCUCUAAAAGACGCUUUCUUUUCCGUGAUGUAGCCAUAGAGGUCUUCUUCGUAGAUGGACGGAGCUAUUUGCUAACAACCAAUACUCCAAACCUACGGAAUGAGCUAUAUCAGAAGCUUCUUGGCAAGGCUACCCACGCUGCUGACCCUGCGAUUGGCGAGGACUCGUGGAGAAUCGAAUCGGUCAAGAACCAAGGCGAUGAGGUACAGACGUUUGGUUCCAGGUUCACAAGCGUUUUUGCUCAGAACAAUGCAAAUCCAGCGACUCGCAAAUGGAUGAGGGGUGAAAUCUCCAAUUUUCACUACCUCAUGCUCGUUAAUACUAUGGCCGGGCGUACCUUCAACGAUCUAACGCAAUAUCCAGUCUUCCCUUGGGUACUCGCAGAUUAUACAAGCGAGGAACUUGACCUUACCAAUACUCGCACUUUCCGUGAUCUGACCAAACCCAUGGGGUGCCAAGAUCCAGAGAGGCAAGCCGAAUUCAGAGACCGUUAUCAGUCUUUCGCGGAAAUGGGCGAUGAGAGAUCGCCACCCUUCCAUUAUGGCACUCACUAUUCCUCCGCAAUGAUCGUGACAUCGUAUCUCAUCCGCCUGCAGCCAUUUGUACACUCAUACCUUCUAUUGCAAGGUGGCAGCUUUGAUCAUCCAGAUCGAUUGUUCUACUCGAUGGAAAGAGCCUGGUCCUCAGCCUCACGGGAGAACAUGACCGAUGUUAGAGAGUUGAUUCCCGAAUUUUUCUAUCUGCCUGAGUUCUUGCUGAACCACAACAAUUACGACUUUGGCUCUCGCCAGGGUGGUGCUGCAAUUGACAUUGUAGAGCUCCCGCCUUGGGCUAAAGGUGAUCCGAAGAUAUUUAUUGCGAAGCACCGAGAAGCUUUAGAAAGCGAGCAUGUAAGUCGGCAUCUGCAUCAAUGGAUUGACCUGGUCUUUGGACAGAAGCAACGCGGGGAAGCUGCUCUAGAGGCAACGAAUGUGUUCCAACAUUUGUCUUAUCAUGGCGCCAAAGACCUUGACACCAUCGACGAUCCGGUGGAGAGGUUGGCGACCAUAGGCAUCAUCCACAACUUCGGUCAGACUCCACACCAAGUGUUUCAGCGGACUCAUCCAGCCCGGGAGGACUCGAAGUACAAGGUGAAGCGGUUGGAUACUGCAGCCGAGGGUCUGACUCGUCUGCCAUUUCCUCUAAUAGAAACUCAUGACCGUAUCGCGUACCUACAAUACUCGUCGAAGCACGAGAGGCUCAUUAGCUCAGCACCUUUCCGGCUCAACAUUGGCCCAGCUUAUGAAAAGUACAUGGAAUGGGGUUUCAUUGACGGAAGCGUCAGAUUCUAUGCUGCUGACACGAAAAAGCUCGUCGGCCUGUCCGAGCACGUCCAUCAAGGACAGCUGACGUUCGUGCUGUUUGGAGAUUCCAAGACCCUAGUGACGGCAGGUUCAGACUGUACAAUAUCUGUCUGGACACUGCUUAUCACUCCCAAUUCUGUUGACCUCCAGCCAAAGAUUACGUUGUUUGGACAUCGGUCUGCUGUCACGACAUUAGCAGUGUCACGUUCUUUCAGUGCUUUGCUCUCUGCUUCUUCGGAUGGCCAAGUGUUGCUUUGGGACCUCAAUCGCCUGGAGCUUGUCCGCAGAUUAACGACGGGCAAGCCAGUCGAGUGUGCUUGUAUCAACGAUGUAACAGGCGUCAUCAUGCUUUGCCGAGGGCCAGAAGUAUCAUUGUGGACACUCAAUGGCGAUCCUAUACUGGAGCAAAACAUCUACGUUGAAGGCGACGACACCAUCUCCUCUUGUGCUUUUUAUGAAGGAUCUGGGAAUGAGUACCUUGAGCGCAACCUCAUCUUUACAGGUCAUAAGAAAGGGGUCGUGAAUGUGUGGGCAAUUGCCAUUUCCAGCGGUGCUUUCAUUCUCGAACAUGUGAAGCGCAUGCAUCAUUUGGACCACGCGGGCUACAACAUUGGCACAACUAUCACUUCAAUUUUGCCGAUGGCGCAAAAGGUGUACACAGGAGAUGACGAUGGACGAGUGUAUGAAUGGGACUGCAUUCAGAGACAGUGA